AUGAAGAGGAAGAGGAGGAGAAGGAGAAGCGGGAAAGGAAAUGUACCGCCUUCCUCACCACCGACGGCCAUACUGGCUGCUGUCUUUGUUGACAGCGACCAAACCGUCGACCUCGUCCACCCCUCCCUCGGAGUCCGCAAACUGCACGCUGUUGUCGCCGACCGGGUGAGCCUUGUACCACAGCAGAUCUUGGCCUCGCUCGCGCGCCCCCGCCGCGCGCGCCGCGUCCCCCACAACGAGGGGACUGACCUCACCGCCACCAUCGCGCGCGAGGGCUUCGACAGCUACGUCCUCGCCGUCCUCCGCCGCUCCCACCGCGAGUGCCGCGGUGGCCGCUCCCGCCCCGGGAAGAAGGCGGUGGCUGCGACAGCGGGGGACCGAGCCCGGCAUCCUGAAGCGCCUCCCCCCGAUGGAUCUGGCCUCCCUGGCCUCGACCCCCUCGCAGGCGGCGGCCUUUCUUCCUUCAUUGUUUUCAUCGUCCUAAUUUUUAUGGUGAAACAACACCUAAAACUUAAGAAGUUCUACGAACAAAAUGGUGGUCCGGUAUUGAAAGGUGUGAGAAAUAUAAAGAUCUACACAAAGAAAGAACUGAAACAAAUAACGAGUAACUAUAGCAGCGACAUUGGAGAAGGAGCCUCUGGUAAAGUUUAUAUGGGGACUCUUAAGGGCGGACAACAAGUGGCUAUAAAGAAGUCCAAAAAAGUUGAUGAAGAAAGAAAAAGUGAAUUCACUCAAGAGGUCAUACUCCAAUCUGAAAUGAAGCACAAGAAUAUAAUCCAGCUCUUUGGUUGUUGCCUUGAAGUUGAUGUUCCUAUGUUAGUGUAUGAGUUUACCGUGAAAGGAAGUUUACAUGAUGUCCUCUUCAAAUGUGAUGAGAAUAUGAAAGGGAAUUUACAUGACGUUCUACCCAAAUACAAUGAUAACAAGAAAGGGAAAGGGAAAGGGAAAGGGAAAGUACACGACGCACUCGUUGAAUGUGAUGGUAACAAAAAUGUGAGUUUGCAUGAUGUCCUCUUCAAAUGCGGGGAUAAAAUUGCAAUAGAUACACUUCUGGAGAUCGCUAUUGGAUCAGCUGAAGGACUAACUUAUAUGCAUACAGCACGGGAGACUCCCAUCCGUCAUGGUGAUCUCAAAUCUGGUAAUAUACUUAUAGACAAUAAUUUCGUCCCUAAAAUUUCAGACUUUGGAACAUCAAGAUCACUGGUUGCAGGUCAUAAAUUUAGGCCUGAUAAAUUCAUUCCUGCGGACAUGAAUUAUAUAGAUCCAGUAUAUAUGGAAGAUGGAAUGCUCACGGAGAAAAGUGACAUCUAUAGCUUUGGAAUUGUUCUUAUUGAACUUGUUACAAGGAAGCCCGCAAAAUAUGAUGACGACAGGAGCUAUGUUCGAAACUUCAUUCAGGCCUACCUUGAUAAAAGAGAAAGGGAAAAAUGCCAUAAAGAGAUUACACCAGAUGUGGAAAUUAAUAUUCUUGAAAUGGUUAGUGAAGUUGCUGUGGCAUGUUUAGAACCUGUCCAGGAUAAACGCCCUGAUAUGAUAGAAGUAGAACGGCAGCUCCAUCGAAUUAGACACAUUGCAGGCCAAAGGAUAGAGGAAAAAAAAGAGGAAUUUCAACGUGCAUUCCCUAGAACGGGAUCGGUUAUCUCAAACGGGUUUAAAGCCUCGUCUCUUUCAGGUAGGGUCCCUGUCACUAAGCAAAGGUCACUAAUGUGAGAACAUAUCUCAAUCAGGCACAAGGCCGUCACGGAUGAAAGUCAUCUCAAUCAAGCCAACAACAAAGCCCGUCACAGAUAAGAUUGACCAAGCAACCCGAGUCAAACCAGGCAAGGAAAGAGCCCGUCACGGAUGACCAAUCUUAAUCGGGCACACUACUAAGCCCGUCACGGAUGACUAGUCAUCUCAAUCGGGCAUUAAGGGAAAGGCCGUCACCGACAGGUUGACCCACUUGUUGAGUCAAAAUAGUCACGGGCCGGAGGAAUUAUCUCUAUCGGGCUUAUAGUAAUAGCCCAUCACAGAUGACUAUAUCUCUAUCGGUCUUUGUUGGAGCCUAUCACAGAUGGCUCUAUCUCUUUUGGGCCUAGUUGAAAUGCCCAUCAGAGAUGAGUAUAUCAGCAAAAAAAAUAAAAUUUGUUUUUUUUGCUAGACUCAGGCUUUUGCUAGUCAUGCCUGCUGCAAAAAUGAUAGAAGCAAUAUGUAUAGUCCCAUUCCCAGCAUCCAUUCACAUAUUCCAUCACAACAUUGACAUAUUCCAUAACACCAUUCACAUAUUCACAUAUUUGCAUCCCAUUCACAAAAUCAAACAUAUGCACAUUCACAUCCACAAACCCAUUCACAUAUAUAUGUCAUUCACAUCCUAUGUGCUCUACAAACCGCCGAUAUGCAUCAAAAC